AUGGUUAACCCUGCAAAGUGUAGGGUGUACUUCAGGGGUGUGGAAAAUGAGACAAAAAACAAUAUCUUGGCUGCUACUUCGUUUAUGGAAGGGGACUUACCCUUUCGUUACCUGGGGGUUCCUCUCACCAGUAAAAGGCUUUCAACGCAGCACUACAUGAGUUUGGUGGACAGAAUUGUCAACCGGAUUCGUCAUUGGAGCUCCAAAUUAUUGAGCUAUGCCGGCAGACUCCAGCUGAUCAAUAGUACUGUAACUGCUAUAGCAGCUUAUUGGCUGAACUGCCUCCCUUUCCCCAAUCAUGUGAUCAAAACUAUUGAGUCUAUCUGCAGGUCUUUUCUGUGGACAGGUAGCGAGGCGAAGUCGAGGAAAUCCCCAAUUGUGUGGAAGAUGGUUUGUAAGCCUCUGAGGCAGGGAGGGCUGAAUGUGCUGGACUUAUUAGAGUGGAACACAACUUGUUUAACAAAAUUGUUGUGGAACUUAUGCAACAAGAAGGAUUCUCUUUGGGUGAAAUGGAUUCACACUUUCUAUCUCAAGACAACUGAUAUUCUGCAGGUCCAGGAAAAACAAGGUAUGUCUUGGAUUUUCAAAGCUCUUCUUAGACAUAGAACCAUCAUAUUUGCCAUGGAAGAUUGGAAUGAAAUGAAGGAUAGAUACUCUGUGGGAAAAGUGUACCAGUUCCUCAAGAAAGAUGAACCUGAUGUUGGAUGGAAGCACACGUUCUCCAACUCUAUUGCUAGACCUAGAGCCCUUUUUGCUAUGUGGAUGGCUUGCCACCGUCGUCUUGCGACAAGGGGACGGCUCAAAAAGCUUGGCCUUACGACCGAUGACAGUUGUAAAUUCUGCAACAAGGAGGAAAUAAUUGACCACCUCUUAUUCGAUUGCCCGCCGUUCAAGAACUGUUGGCAGCAAAUUCUGGCGUGUUUGGGGAUUCAUCAUUUCCCGUGUGAGUGGCGUGAUGAGCUCAAAUGGUUGGUCACACAUUGUAAAGGGAAAGGCUGGCGGAAGUGCAUAUUGCGUAGUGUUGUAGCGGAAACCAUCUAUGAAGUUUGGAAGUAUCGUAACAAUGUCGUCUUUGGCACUAAUGUGAAUUUGGAGAUUAGAGACUUAGUCAUUUCUACCCUUGCAAAUAGAGGGUGGGUCAAUUCUAGGAUGAGACAUCAUAUUGCUACACUUUUUAUAGAAUAG